CCGCGGAAACCUUCCCAAGUUAAUUAACGGGACGUCUUUGAGACCAGCCAUGCGCGCCUUGCUGUCCGCCAUCUUGUUGAUGUCCGCCAUUUUGUCGUGCGCGGCGCAGGCACAGUAUCCGCGCCCGCGCCGCCCCGAACGCUUUGACACCGCGGAACAAAUCUCCAACUACUUGAAGGAACUGCAGGAAUAUUAUUCCGUGCAUGGUAGAGGACGAUAUGGGAAACGGCAAAUGCACAUAGCCGAUUCGUCGAUUGUCUUCAGAGAAAUGCCAUUCUUUGACGAAAUGCACAACGAAGACCCCAUGUUUAAAAACCUCGGAUACAAGUAAAACAAAUGGAACCCAAACUCCUGCAGAUGCCAUAAACAAUACAAAAAAAUAGAAAUAACGACCCCAUAUUUUUUAUUUCAGAUUGAAAACAAUUGCAAAAUGUUGUCAAUAUUUGUUUUAGGCAAUCUUAAUUAUGUUUUCAGGUCAGGGAUGGUCAACCAUUUUAUAUUAAAAACAUUUCAUAGUGUAUUUGAUAUUUUAAAUCAGGAUUCCUAUAUUUUAAAACAUUCUAAUUUAACAACAGCGUGUCGAAACUUAUACAACGUGCCAUUUACUAAUCUAGCUCUGAUGUGCUAACAGACUAACUUUUUUUUUGUUUUAUAAAUGUGAGCAGCAAAUAUUUUAUCUAUCACAAAGUAUGUGAAAGGAUAAGUAAUUUACCAACAACUGCUGGGCAAAAAUUUAUCUCCGUUAGCUAGCCUUGUAUCAGCGACCAUAUUCCGAACGUAAUAUCAGGCAAGUAUUUCGAAAACGCAGACAGUCAAUUAUUUUGUCAGAAUGCUGGGCCGCAGAAGUUCUCAAAUUAAUAAACUGAUAGUGCCAAAGAUUUUCAUUAGCGUGCCAAAGGUUUCCAUCCCUGAUCUAAGAGCCAUUAGAUAUAAAUGCUUCAUAUAUUUUGAUAUAGUUUUAUUCAGUGAGAUAUUGUUGAUGAAUUAUUUAUUGAAAUUAAAUGAUUUAUACUACGUACUUAAUUAUUUUCUUGGAAUGCAUUUUAGUGCCAAAAUGAACUUCUAGUCGAUUGACAUACUUACUUUAGAAAAAAAAUCCCAUAAUUAAAUUUCAGGCUGGGUGAAAAUUAUUUUUGGGAU